AUGUCUUCUGCCGAGCCCACAGCCACAAAAGUUUCCAAUUCAACUGUGGAGCCACAUCUUCGAAAGAGGAAGUUGGUUCGCAAGCACCAAUCGUCUUCCAAUGUUAAGUAUUACGUAUGGCUUGCUGGCCACAUCAUGUGCCUCCUUUUCGGUACCGUGAUGUUUGUUUUCAAAACUUUGCGCUUGAAAGAUAACUAUCACAUUGGAAACAUAUCCUACCGAUUGACCCUUGUAGGGGCUACAAUGGCGUUCGCUGCCACUGCUGCUCAUAAGUUUGGCUUGAAAUUUUUGCCUCCGUUGACCACACUCUUGGCCCAGCUGAACUUUCAGUAUCUUGUCUUGUCGUUUGUGUGGUGUUUUACGUUCAAAUCUGUGUUGAAGGUCAUUCCAGUCUUCUUGAUUUCAUUCUUGCAAUUGUCCAACCACUUCAAUGUCGGCGUAAUUGUAAAGCAGGCAGAUUUCUUGGCACAAAUCAUCGGUUUUGAUGAGAUUUUUCUCAUUGUUUAUUUGAUUUUGCGUACUCUUUUCUUCAGAAGUACAGCAGGCUACCAGUUGGUACUUGUGUUGAUGUUCUUGUGGUUGCGUAUCUUGUUUGAUGAGGAAACAGCUAAAAUGUUCAGCUUCAUUGUUGAUAAACUCGAUGGAAAGGUUUCGGGAAUCAAGAAUGAGAAAGUAUCCAAGGUCUGGAAGAAGAUUAGAGACUUCAUCAACGAGAAAGCAAGCCACGCCGGAAAAGAUUAA